AAAAAUUGAUUAAUUAAUUUAAUAAUAAUUUUUAACACUUUUAGUCUUUUACUUUACAGAAAUGAAAUUGGCUUCUUACACAGAGUCUGAUCAAGCCAGAAAACUAACUGAAUUAUUGAUAAAAAGAGGAAGACAAAUAAAUUUUGUGUUAUUUUCAUUUGGACUCCUGGCCUAUUUGAUCCUCCUAAGGCCAGAGUACGUGAGAUAUCGUUUCUUUGAUGAGAAUGCACUCCUCACCGGUCUUGUUAAGAGAGAAUAUGUGAAUUCUGGCCAUCUUUCGAAACUCACCAAACAAUACAGGAAUAUUCCGUGGCCCAAUUCCCAUGAUUGGAUGGAAUCAGAACUGAAGGGGUCUGGGUUUGAGGUUUACCACCAAUAUUAUAGUGUACAGGACCCUACAGGGGGGCCUUCUAUCAAUGGCUCCAACUUGUAUGGCAUUCUGAGGGCUGGUCGCUCAUCCUCAACCGAAUCACUAGUUUUGCUAGCUCCUGAUAAUAUAAGAAAUGAUUAUAAUUAUGGGAUCGUCGUACUACUUGGAUUGGCCAAGUAUCUAUCAACUCGCAAUUAUUGGGCUAAGGAUAUUAUUAUAUUAAUCACUGGUAACGAUACACUUGGUGCUCAAGCCUGGCUGGACUCAUACCUCGGAUUCCAUACUCCUGGUAUUUGGAGGGAGCCAUUGAGUGGCAGAGCAGGUGCUAUUCAAGCAGUUGUUAAUAUUGAGGUUGCUUUAAGUGAAGGGAUCAGCUUUGUAAAUGUAAUACCUGAGGGCGUUAAUGCUAUUCUUCCUAAUCUUGACCUUGUUUUUGUUGCUUCAAGACUAUGUGAGCUUGAAGGUAUUAAUGCUGGUUUCCAUAGAAAGCCGGAUUUUUCUGAUCAGCAUAGCAGCUCUUUACUGACUGCAGUUGCUGUAUUGAGUCACCAAGCAACAGGACUACCCUUUAACAAUCAUGCCCUUUUUCUUAAACACAGGAUAGAUUCGUUGACUCUUCAAAUACUCCCAGAAAACAACUACUUUCCAAGUGGUAGAGGCUUGCUCUCAGUUGCAAGGUCAUUAGAAGGAAUACUGAGGAGUUUGAAUAAUCUACUUGAGCGACUUCAUCAUUCAGAGUUCUUUUAUUUCAUGUCCUCGCCUAUAACUUUUUUAUCCAUUGGACAAUACUCGCCUUUCUUUGGCCUUCUUGUAGCCCCUUUAAUAUUAGAGAGUAUAAGGCAAUGGGUGUUGAGAAAUGCUGAAAACGUAGAAGCUAGUCGAGUUUGUAAAGAGCUAGGUAUUCCGCCUCUUCUUAACAUUCCGUUGAAACACUUUCUCUCUUUGCUGUUUGCCUCACUGUUGAGUGGCUCUUUGCUCUAUUACUUUCCUUCUUUUCUUCUCUUUUUAUCCAUCAAGCUCUCGUUGCUUAAUUUGACCAUCUCAUUGCUUUCCUUGAUCAUUGUCAUGACUCUUUCAGCUGUUAUCAUCAGGCCAACAUUUACUGAACUGGAGCAUCAUGUUACAUGUAGUCUCAUUUUAUUUGUCACUGCCAUUGGACUUUAUGGACUCUCUCUCAUGCAUUUUGCUCUGUCUCUCUAUCUCACUCUCCUCUUCUCCCUUCCUCUUUCAUUGUCAACCUCGCACUCGACUGUGUCCAAGCUUCUUUUAUUGCUCUGUUCUCCACCUCUCUUAGUGUUAUAUUCUUGUCUGUUUCAUUUGUAUCUAUUCUCUUCAACAUCACAACCUAUUGAAGAUGCACUCACUAUGGCAAUGGAAGGUCUUACUUUAGCUUACAGAUCCCAUUUUAUUUCGGGGGCAUGGUUGUAUCCCAUGGUAACAUUUUUUGUCUUUCCUUCAUGGUGGAUGUGUUGGAUUGUCGCAACCGGUAAAAUAAAGAAAGCAGCAGAUCCUGUAAAGAAAAAACAGCACAGUGACUAAAAAAUUGAAUUUAUUUAAAAUCAAUGAUCAAGCAAUAAGAAGAAAAAA